AUCGGUUCUUGCGGGGGUGGCGCCACCUGGCAACAUUACGGCAAACCUUCAUGUGCAAUUGGAGUGCGUGCUGCUGAUGUGCGCUUCAUAUGUCGUCGUGUUAGUGACAACCGUAUUCUUUCGCAGCAUCGUAAAUUUUGAAGCACAUUACGUUGCAAUCAGCCUCUUCAGAGUUGCAAAAAAAAAAAAAAAUGAUUACCUUCAGGCAAAAAAGUUGGUGUAUAUAAAACCCCGCGGUUAAGCGCCGCUGAACGCCGGGGGUUGUGGCGUGCCCUUGUAAUCCAGCUACUUGGAGGCUUGCACUAGAGGACGGGUUGAGGCUGGGAGUCCUGUCCCAUGUUGACUUAUGUUGAUCGGGUGUCCGCGCUAAGCUGGGCGUCGAUAUGGUGACCCCAGGGGAACCCGGUGGUGGCCAGGUCGCCUAAGGAGGAGCGAACCGGCCCAGGGCGGAAACGCAGCAGGCAAAAGCUCCCGCGCUCUGCAGUAGUGGGAUAGCACCUGUGAAUGGGCGGCAUGGGGCAGCCCAGCCGAUACAUUCGGACCUAGUGCUUUUUUUUUUUCCUAAAUAUAUCGCUGUACUCGUAACGUCUAUUUAUGGCGAAUGAUUUUUUUUUUAUUGUCCUCAUUUACGGCCGCUGUGUGAGCAGUGUGCCUUCUUUGCAUUGUGCACCCACAUUCGUUUUCCAUGCUGCCUGUGCAAGCGGCAUUAGUGUGUCCAAUUAUUGUUCUUGCGUGUGCGGAGUUCUGCGAACGAGUUCCUUAACUAACGGCUCUAGUGCGGUCGUGUGCCUCCUUUGCACUGUACCCAUACUCGUUUCUGUAAGGCCAGCAUGGCUAACGUAAAGGAUAUGUCUCCACGUCGGCCCAAUAAUGUACGAUGCCCGACCAACAUUGGCCCUGCUUUCUGUGUUGCUGGCGUCAGUACACGCUGCAGCAGCAGCUUGUGCUGAAGCCUAACAGAUGCAACGUGUAGACACCGAUCGAGUAGCACGGGGCUUCAUAUUGAUCAUCCGAUCAUACUUCUAAUGCAUUUUAAAGGACCGAAAAAGGUAACUUGGAUUCUAGGGCACUCCACUGCGGCAUCUCUCAUAACCCCUAUGUCAAACUAUAUGUCACACUGAAUCAACCAAUUCAUUGCGUUGUGGUAAUUUCUAGAAAAGGAAGACGGAAAUAAAGAAACGCUGUUCAAAAUUUGGUAUAUACUUCCACCCCUCAAAGCAGCUCUUCCGAGAAGUUAGAGUACGCAUUUUGACAAACACCAACAAUAUUACUAUUCAGUAGAAAUCGACAUAGAGCACACCAACUUUCCAUUACUAAGAGUAAAUGCAUAUUUUUUGCCUGCAUCCCUGCGUCCGAGUAACUGAAAAGCAAGGGACAAAAAAAAAAAAAAAGAACGCGCGGGUGGCGCUCGCAGCGCCAUCUUGUUUCGCUUCUCCAUCACAAACACAGAUGGCGACAGCAGCGCAGUUACUUUCUCAGCAUUUCUCAGCACACGUCUACGCUUUUGGGGGCAACUUGUGGAGUUCCGUGCUAAUCUUUCUAGCCAAAUAGGCUGUCGAGUCGCAUCGCUAAUCAUGCUCGCUCGGCCAGUGACAAGUAUUGACAUUCAGCGGCCGAGGGCGACCGAUAACUGAGUAAACAACUCGCCGCCACUUCAGAGGUGAAAACUGUAGUGACCCGCGUCUAAAAUGGAGUUGAGGUGGUCUUCCUACAAUGAUCAAGCGAUAGUCUGAUGUUAUCGAAGAAAAAAGACCUCAAAUAUCUUCGAGAUGGUGUGGCAGGCAAGUACGUCAAAAAGGAAACACCACCGCAUGUACCAGUGGUGAACACCUGGACAACCGCGAACCACCGCCAGAACCAGCGAUCGGCCGAAGAGGCGCAAGAGCAGUCUGCGUCGGAGCCUGCCAGCUUGGCUCAGAAAUGCGCCCGAGCCUGUCAGAACCGGGCAGGCCAACAGAGCCUCUCGGUGCCACAGGGUGCCUCCGGAAACGCCAAAGAGCACAACGCUCCGCUGGGACCGUUUCUAAGGUCCGCGUCUCCGGUCCCUGUUGGGCAGCAUUCGCAUCUGAACGCAGCGUCGUCGUCGACGGCCGGGGGUGCGUCCCUGGGCGUGCCCGAACAAAGCUCGGCCAGCUCGUCGCCGAAGGCAAGGCACGCAGCGUCCAGCACUGUUGGGGGUGUGAGUGUCAGCGUGGCGGCAGCAAGGCCCAUCGCCACAGUGCCUCAGCUGGUGCCACAGCAGGUGGUGCUCGUCUCUCCGCAGGGUCAGGCGCAUGGGACCCACGUGUACGCCAAUCCGUACGUCUCGCAGCGGCCAUCUUUCGCCCAUGAGUCACCCAUGCAUCUACACAAGGGUUCCACUGGCCCAUUCUUUGAAGAUUCUCAACACCAACAGCAGCAGCAGCCUCUGCCGUCACCAUCAUCGAUGAUGAUCGGGGCAGCGGGGGGGAUGCCAGAAGACCGGCUGGCCCUGGACUCGGCAUUGCAGGACAACUACUAUCACCAGAUGGAGGAGAACUACCAGAUCCAGCUGUACCACCAGCAGAAGCGGCAGCAGUACGCACAGCAAAGCCACAACCAGCUGUCGCUUCACCCUGCCGAACACCACCAACCCCUCCACAGCCCGGGCCCACCGCACAUCACUCGGGUGUCCGUGAAUGCCGGAGGCUCCAGCCCCAUGAGCAGCAGUGGCAGUGUGAGCAGCCAGCACCCGCUGCCAUCGCCGGUGUCGAUAUCGGCCACCACGGUGGUCACGUACACCCCGGGCAUCUUCAGCUCUAGCCAACUGCUGCCUGCGGCCAUCACGAGUGCUACCGCUGCGCUUCCCAUCCCGAGCGGCCACCUCGCCGUGUCUGCCGCCGGCGCCGUGGCGACGACUGCGUCUCCCACGUCCAGCCAUCCGCAGCUUCUCAGCCUUGCACCGCAAAACGUGUCCUCCGCCGGCGGCAGCAAUACGUCCCUGCAGAGGUUUCCAAACAGCGGUGGAGGCUCGCAGCCACGACUGGCGGCCAAGAAUGCAGAGGAGCUUCCCCUGCCACCAGGUUGGACCGUGGACUACACAAUGCGCGGUCGGCGCUACUACAUAGACCACAACACCAAGACGACCCACUGGAGCCACCCUUACGAGAAAGAGGGUCUGCCCACCGGCUGGGAGCGUGUUGAUUCUCCCGACCAUGGUGUCUAUUAUGUCAACCACAUCACCAAGCAGGCACAGUACGAGCACCCGUGCGCCACUCAGUACGGACAGAGCGGCAGCUCGCCCCCCACGGGCCACCUGCCACCUCCCCGGCACACGAACUUCCACCAGCACAGCGUGCUGGUACCAGCCAACCCUUACCUCACAGAAGAGAUCCCGAAGUGGCUCUACAUCUACUCAAGGGCACCUCAGGAGUCCGACCACAAGCUGAAGUGGAACCUUUUCCGGCUGCCGGAGCUGGAGUGCUUCCAGGCCAUCCUGAACCGGUUGCACCGGCAGGAGUUGGAGGAGGUGGUCAUGAGUUAUGAGGUAAAGCGCCUGGCCAUAUCCAAGGAGUUCGAGCGGCGCCAUGCGCUAGAGCUGGCCAAGGGUCGCAAGGCGUCCACCAAGUUAUGACUGCUCCGUGGAGAGAGAGAGAGAGGAAAACCUUGGGUGCGGCACCACCACCUCCUAGUCACAAGAACGUCUGCGUGCCGCAAAUGUCAUUGUGCCCUACCCACUGCUUCGGCUUUGUCCUUGAUAGUGUGCAGCUUUGGGGGCCGCGCUGGUCGUGCGUCCUCAACGCUGCCUCUUCUUUGUUAAUGGCUGCGCGGUGAACAAGUGUUUUCUUUCUCUUGGAAUGCCGAGCGUGUGUUUGCGUGCUGGGUUUUGUUGUUGCUGCCGGUGUCGCCCGACUUGCAGGCUUGAUCAAGCAAACGGGACAGUUCCGCAUGUCUGUGAACUUAUUACUAUUAGCGGAGUACCAGGGUAUCGGAGAUGUAGACGUGAGCAGAUUUGUUGGUGGCCCCAUCUAUUUUUUUUUUAAAGCAAAUUGGUUGACGUAACCUUUUUGUCUGUUUUCGUGGUGGCCAGAGGCUGUUGGUGGUUGGACUUUCACUGCCAGUACAAAGGCGUCGGUGCAAGGGGCAUGUACUCUCGUGCUACUGAGUUGCGGUAGCGCGGCUUGGUAAUGCGCUAUACCUCAUUGAGACACGUGUGGUUUAUCUAUAUCACUACAAAUGUGCUGGUUAACGACUCUGUUAUUAGCGAAAUUAUGCAUGAAACAACAAAUGUUGCCCAAGCAUCCUCACUGCAGCAGUUGUUCGCCUUCAAGCACACAAUUUCUUUAAUAAAGUGAACAGCUCUAGAAUUGUUCAGCCCUUCACUUAAAUGGACAAUCGUCAUAGAUACUUUCUGCAGUAUUUUUUUUUUUCAAGCUUCAUGUCCUGCAGCAUAGAUGUUUGUGUAAACAAAAGCGUGGAGGCUCUUCUCAUGUUUAAAUUGCAGUAUUGGCCUAUCAGACUUAUAUUCUAUGAGCUAACACCUAUAACCCCUAGCUUGAUCUACUUACAGCUCAACGGAUUGGGCUACAAACCUUAGCAAGUCGAAACUCGGAGCUAUUCUAGUGGCCACCCAUAUUUUACCUAGCCACUGACGUAAAGCAUUGGCUGCAGCGUAAUCAUUAACACACAGUCCUUUCUUUUUAUUUUCCUUCAGCAAGAGCGCUCGUUUAAGACAAAAACGUUGCCAACACAUCGUUGGACAAUGUAUCGCAAGAUGCCGCUGCCAGCGUCGUUACUGCUGUCCACGUCUCUGGUAACCCGGUAUUCCACAAAGGGACAAGCUAGAACUCUUAAUACCUGUGCCACAUAGGCAAGAAGAAAUUGCAUUAACUGCUCAAUGCCUUGUUUAAUGCCAUUCGUGCAGUAUACAUGCUUAAUGCCAUGAAAGCCUAAUGUCUCUUGCAGUGGCUCAUCCAACGGUUGAAUGCAUAUUUUCUCCAUCCCAACGUUGGCGUAUACAACUGCACACCGUCGUUGCAACGUUUAAUGCGAUUGAAAAUGCACUUGUCGCAACAACUUCAGGUGCAAUGGCAUUAACUUGGGUUUUAGAAAAUGGCGUUAACCUUGCCCGUGUGGUGCAGGUAUAACAUCCUUGGACGAAUAGCUUUUGCCGAGUAAUGACAACCGCAGCAGUUUCCCUUCAAACGCGUUUGAAUGCAGUGGAUGUGUUUCGAUGUACUCGCUGCAAUGUUGGUUGCUGGAUUGCAUUCUAUGUCGGUAAUCCUAAAGUGUAGUGAAAAGAGAGAAACAGAAUGUUUGCAGUUUUCUCAGUAUUAUUGCUUUCAUCUACCACGAGCAUCAGAUGACAGAGCACUUUAUAGCAAAUGCUCUGGACAGCAGUGUUGCGAUGGUUCUCAGUGCUUGUCUUUUCAUAAGAAAAGCAUAUCUAUAAACUCUAGAUCAUGCUGUUAGGUUACUGAGAAAGUUGAUCCAGCUGCUAUAUAUAUGCCGGAAGGUAUUGAAGCUUGUGCAUUGUUUGUUUGGAAGCUUGCGUGUUGUUUGUUUGUUUUUUGACAGAAUGCUAUGCAAGAGCUCUGUGAAUGGCUGUUUUGUGUGAUGCAUAGCGCAUUUAAAAAAAAAAUGUCUACAUCAUUGAAAAAAGCACUUGUAAUUGUCAAGGGAUACUGUGGGUCGUAAAAAAAACUAAGGAUUUAGACAGUGGUUCCUCUCAGUCAGUAAACCCAAUCCUUUGCAAUUGCAGCAAGAACAGGGGAGUGACAACACAGUCGUGAAAAAAUAGCUUUCCUACUGAGUCGAGGAAAUGGACAGCUUGAUCUGGUCACCUGACUUUGAAACUGCCAAGUCUAACGGAGAGGGUAGGAACAUGCCAGAUCAAAGUUUCAGUCUAGCUUGGGUUCACGCAUUCUGUUCAUUGUAAUUACAACCUGCUGCACGAAAUUGUUGCAGAUUAUUUAUGACUUACAUAUUAAAGGAGCGCUGACAUGCACAUUAGAAGUUCUAGAAUUUCUACCGCAUGCAAGUGCACAUAAAAUGAUGACACUUGACAAGUACAGUUGAACAUUGUUAUAAAAAAGUCACACCAGACAUGAAAAUACCUUUGUUAUAUCUAAUAUUCAUUAUGAGCAUAUAUUUGUUACAUGUUGAUGUUUGUAAGAAAGAUUCUAAAUUGACUGUUGUAUCCAUUCGUUACAUCUUAGUUCUUUAUAAAAUUUAGAUUUGACCGUGCGAAGGUUGGGUAACAUAAGGUAAUUUGAUACUCAAGUUGGUCGCAAAUCACUGAACGACGCCGUGGACAUCGUUUUCACAACAUCAUGAUACAGACAAAAAUUUUCUUACAUCAUGUAAUAGUAAGGUUAGGUGUGGUGGCGUUGCUCGUUAAGGUAAACAAGAGUGCCGUACACACUACUUGUAGCUACACUCGCGUGUGGUGCCACAUUGGUUGCAGAAACAGCAACCCAGUGUAUAACGACUUCGUGGCACAUCCACCUAGCAGGUACAGAAGCUGGUUCAUAGAGGCAAGUACAUAUUACGGUCAAUUAUUUAGGGUGUGCACACUUGCCAGAAUAUUUUCUAGAGCUUUAGAAGGUAUGCGCCUUGAGUUAAAGCAAAAAAGAAAAAAAAUGUCAGUACUCCUUUAACUUGCAGUUUUGGAAGCCACUCAUUUUGCCAAAAAAUGAGGCUGUUUUGGACGACUGAGAAAGUUUACUGCAAGAAGAUGCAAAAGAAAGGGCGGUAAUAUGAAAGCGUUUAACUUAGUAGACAACCAGAAUUUUUGCUAUAGAAUGAACUAUAUUCGGUCGAGCAUACAGCUUCCGCAGGUGUGAAAUGUUUUUGAUAGCGUUGGGACUAUUGGAGACCCCUGGGCAUCUUAUACAUGGAAUGGUUUGGGAGCAAGAUCAUUGGGUUACUCAUGCUUCCCACAUUAAAGGUUUGUGUAGUUGUCUGUGUGUAAUGUGAUUAAUUAGCGUGCAUUCAAGAAAGAAAGCGUGCAUUUGAGAAACAAUAAUCGUGUUAAAAAAACCUACUGAAAGACCAGUGUCAAUAGGAGUAUUGUUAGCUGUCAUAUAUGCAGCAUUACUUUUGUGUUUCUUUCUAUUGGUACUUUGUCACAGCAAAAGAGUUUGAACAGCAGUGCUGUUUUUUUUUCUUUUUUGCGAAGAUUGUGCUAAUAAUUUGAAAAUUCCAGUGGAAUCUACUGAAUAUUCUCUACCCACUAGAAAAAUCUGGCUAGAGAUGAACUACAGUUAGAAGUAAGGGGUCAAGUAUUAUAUUAGACGGACACAUCUAAACCUAGCAAAAAUUAAGUACUGAGUGCCACAAAGCACAUCUGAGACAACAGUAUGUCGACGACAAAAUGCUCAUGGAAUGUUUAUAAAAAAACAGAGUUCAAUGUUUUGCAAAGCUGAAUAUGCCAUAAGAGUUGUAUAAGCAGGCGUUUCAUUGUGAUGUCUACAGGGUGUUUCAUGUAACUUGAACCGAGGAUUUAACAAAGGUGGUUAUCCGCAGCUGAAUGAAACCAACGACAUGUGGCUUGCCGUCAUGUGGCGCUCCUUAGAGUAUCUUUUAUAUCCCACUUAAUUAGUUAACCAAGAUCAAUUAUGCACAGUUCUUAAUAUUCACUUUAGGGCGAAGUGCGUUUAAUUACGUUGUAGAGGGGAUUCAGAAAUGACUGAUCUUGUGGCUACUUACACCCGUGAGCAAAAGUAUAUGGACCAGGGAUUGUGCGAUAAAACUGAUUUUCUCCUUUGCCUGCGAGUGUAACUUGAAAUUAAAGACUGCAGUUCAAACUUGGCAUUGCAGAUUUUCUAGUGCACUCAUCAGUUUCCGUUUAUGCCCAUUAAUUACGAAGAAAUUCUGUUUUUCCGGUGAUCCUGUGGUCCGUAUACUUGUGCUCACAGGUGUACAUGCUGCGUGCUGACAUUUUUCAGCGUUUAAAGAAAGCCCACAAAAUAUGAAAUAAAACCACAUGACUGCGCCAUGCGCAAUCGCAUUGCAGCGGUCUCAACAACGCUUCGUGUGAAAGAACCAUGCGUGCGGACCAUGGCGAAGCGAGUGGCUGCGGCUCUAGGCAUCGGCUUCACAGUGCAUCAGCAUCUUGGGCGGGGGGAUACGGAAAGGAAGCACUGUCAUCCUUGAUAAGCGAUAGGCUCGACGCACGAUUGAGAGCGCUGCAAUAUGAUAGCGCAUGAGCACAGUCACAUGGUUUUAUUUCAUAUUUCGCAGGCUUUCUUUAAAUGCCCCUAAAAAUCUAUCGUUUCUGAACCCCCUCUACAAUGCAACGAAACGCACUUUGCACUAAAAUGAAUAUUGAAAAUUUUGCAUAAUUGAUAUUAGUUAAUUAACUAAUUAAGUGGAAUAUAAAAAACACUCUAAAGCAUGCCACAUGGCGACAAACCAUAUGUUGUUGGUUUCAUUCAGCUGUGGUUAACCACUUUAUAAAAAUCCUUGGUUCAAGUUACGUGAAACAUAACAUUACAUAUUAUGACAUAACAUAUUAUGAAAAAUCUACUCAGCAAAUAAGCAUCGUAUUUUCUUUUGUUUUAUUUUUAUAUAUUUCUUUCUUGGAAGGGCUCCUUCUAAAAUGACAUUCUGAAUCCACUGCACUCGCAGACAGCUUUCUCAUACAAUGUAGGAAAAUCUACGAAGGCGAUUGCACAUGCGUGACAGCACUUCUAAAAAUAGCCCCACAGUUUCAACUGAGUUCACUUAACCGUGUAAUCUCCAGUGUAUCGUAUGUGUUACACUGUUUGGUAGCUCAAAAUUCCGAUUUAAAGGGGUCCUGAACUACUACUCAGGCAUGGUGAAAAUAAACCAGUCUGCAGAUAGCAAACGCUGCUGUGAACAUCUCAGCCGAAUUUUGCAGUCAUGAAUGGAGCACAAGGUCAACUUUCUCUCAAACACACACUUUUCAGCAGAAGCCUGCUUUUCUGGACGCUUUAUUUCAUCAUAUAGUAGAUUCCUAUACACGGCCGCUAUUGGCGAAUAGCUGUUAUCAAUCGAGAAGGGCAUUUGGAUCAGUACAAUUCUGCUGUUACUAUGUAUAUUUGCUGAGGCACUUUAAUAAACAGGCUGAAGUAAGGUAAAAUCUCCAUUCAAAUUUCGAUAAUAAUUAUGUUCUUCCGAAAGAAACCAAAUCUCAUCUGCUCACGCUCGGCCAUGGACACCCGCGUAAAAACUAGACUUUGGCCGCCCUGCUUAUCGGUGUCAUAGCCAUCAGGUCUCUCUAAUUUCAACUUAUUCUGAACACUCAACUACUCGAACCAUGCGAAACUUAACGGCAGAGCACACGCACGCUUUCCAGUGCACUCUCACUUCUGGCCAUUCCUGGUUAGACGCCUUGGCAGGCUUGCUUUGCAUUGAGCUGUUGAUAGCGUUUCAAAAUGUGCAAGUUGGACGUGGCUACUAUCCAUUAGUCAAGCUACUGCAGGACAAAGCUGAUCCACACCACAUAGCACAGCCAGACAGAAGCAUGUGAGCGCGAGUGUGCACUCAAGCUGUGCCAUGCACAAAGCAAAUGCUGCGCAUACGCAGUUGCGUGUAGCUGUGGUCCGCUAUGUUGCAUUUGCAUACGCAGUUGCAUGUAGCUGUGGUCUGCUGAGUAGUGUAGAUAACUGCACAUACGCAUUUGCAUACGCAGUUGCAUGUAGCUGUGGUCUGCUAUGUAGCGUAGAUAACUGCGCAUACACAUUUGCAUACGCAGUUGCAUGUAGCUGUGGUCUGCUAUGUAGCAUGGUCUGCUAUGUAGCUGUGGUCUAUGUAGCGUAGAUAACUGCACAUACGCAUUUGCAUACGCAGUUGCAUGUAGCUGUGGUCUGCUAUGUAGCGUAGCUACCGUGACCACCACAGGGUGCAACGACGAGUCUGCUGGCAAAGCACACUGUGUCUAGCCGAGGACAACCGCAUAUAGCAUAUCAUAGGCGCCGAAAUUAGAAACAGCGGCAGCUACGUGAACAUUCAAAGUCAAACUUGAACUGCCCACCAUGGCGUCAUUCAGAAGGUAGGCAUUGUGGCACACCCUGCUCCGCUGUAACCUUCGUAGUGCAAGGAAAAGAAAAAGGAGGGGAAGCCACACAAAGAGGAUCAUAGGUGACCAUUCAUUGCCAAUAACUCUACAUCCACUGAGCACAUUGAAGUAUUUUUUGCAGCAAAGUAUUUCUGAAAAAGUAUUUUAACUUCCAAUGUAUUUGUCAACUUCGAUAAAAAGUUGUUCAGGGCCUCUUUUGAGUAUAGAAAACAUAUAGGUAGCCCAUAGUUGCAUGUUUCAUACAUUUAAGAGGGUUUACAAUUGUGAACAGUUUAGCAAACCAAUUACUAGUAAAUAAUUAAAGUACUAAUCAAGUUUGAACUCAAAAACAUUUGACAGUUUAUGUUGUAUAAAUGUACUCUUCGUGGCCAGAAAUAAAAACUAGCAAGUUUUAAUUUUUUUUUGGUGUAGAAGUGUGACCAACAGUUUAAUUUGAGUUAGUUUAAGCUGGGGAAUAAAGAACAUAAACAUUUUAUUUCAGAACUUGCACUAAAAUAAGACAUAAAACACACAAUUAUCUACAUCAGCCCAUUUUUAUGUCCACUGGGAGGAUGAAUGCCUCUCCCAACAAUCUUCAAUUACCUUUCUUUUGCACUAGCCGAUUCUAGCUUGCGCUUAAAGUACACUACUGAGUGAUGGUAAAUUCAAAACUGUUGCAAGUAGAAAGGUAUGCCGAUUUAGUAUGGCAGAAAGUGUAGCCAAACUGCCAAACUUCUUGGCAUAACAAAACGCACUGAAGCACCGUUCCUGUAGUCUUGCCUUCGUGGCUGUAGGAAGUUGUCCACAAGCAUAGAGUAAAUUUGCCAGUCACGAAAGGCAAAUUUUCUAGCUAGGUAAUCCUGAAAUCUGCUAUGUCUAACUGCAAAUAUACUGAAAUUGGGCACUUAUUUGCCUGUUCUUUUUGAGAGUUGUAUGAGUAAAAUAUUGCUUGUGGCCAUCUCCAUUCCCUAACGUCCCCUAGAAAUAUUUUGGUUUAUCCCCUUCAGCCACAAUUAUGACUGUGAGGUCUUAAGGCCACUAAAUCGACAUGAUUUUCUGUAGAUAUGGCACAACCUUCGCAAAAAAAACAUUUGGACCCUUUACCAUGAUUUGUCACAUCAAACCAGUCAUUACAACUGCAAAGCAUAAUUGAUUCCAGGCAUUGAGCUUUUGUAUAUAUUGUUAUAUCAAGAACUGAAACAUUUGUUACAGGUGGAUGCACUGGUUAAUGCCGAGUUUAGGGUCUUGUGAUUCAAGAAAGUCUACUAAUUAACUGCAAUGAAACAGGGUAACAUGUUAACGUCAUAUCAAACCUGGUACAUAGUGCACAUUUUAAGAUACCAUAGUUUUGCAUUACUUUCCUUGUGAAACUAACUUACAUUGUUUUUCACUGACUUGCAGCAUUGUUUUAGCAAAGGAUUGCGUUUAUAUUCAGUGCUGUGUUGAAGCUUUUCUUUUUUUCUUGUCUUCACUGCUUGAACAUACAAAAGUACAUUGUCGCCACACGUAGGCACUGCGACUGAGAGUUGCUGCCGUGCAAGUGUCUCGUUAACCUGGCACAACUGUGCCUUUGUAUGAGAUGCCCUUGUGUGUUUAUCUUUUGACUCUAUUGUGGCCGAGAUGUACGUUGGUUUUCGUUGGAGAUGGAGUGAGUCCCUUACCUGUAGUCAUUAAGCACAGGAUUGGUUGACUUGACCAGUACCCGGAAAGGUUGAAGAAACGUGUCGGUAUUCCUGGCAUUGAAGUGCUUAUAAAAAUGAAAUGAAAACCACUGUGGGACAUGGGCAUCUGCAAGUUGUCCACCUCUUUGUAGUAUUCCGUUCAGUUCUACACUUCAUUGAGUACAAGGCAGGUAACACCACGGAGGCUAGUAGAGAGGCGUCUCUAACUGCUAGUGUCCGUGACCAAGAAAUCAUGACCACUUGUGAAAAGAAAACAUAGGUAUGCAUCAUGUAAUUCGAUGUAACAUUGUCUCAUACUUUUAUGUCGCAAAAUACGAUUAGACGCCUUCCAUGUAAUGGAAAGCGUCGAUGGUCUGAACCUAUGUACCACUUGGCGAGGGGAGUGGCAUGUUUUUGGAACCAGUGGCCAUAAAGCACCACUUGCACUCGUGACCAAAGUGUAGUACAUUGCGUUCCAGAAGCAAAAAUGUGCACAAAUAAUGUGUGAUUUGACAUGGCCUGAUGUCCACAAGUUGUAGUUUAAUACACUAUGUAAUUAUCCCAUAGAAGGCGUCACAGAUCAAGAACAGCACUGUGAAGCAUGCCGAGUGAGACGUGUACGAUUGCGCUGGUUGUGGCUUCUGCAGCAUUGCCGGCUAAGUAUGAAAUGGGGUACAAUUAGCUCUUCCCUUUAGCAGUGAACUGUACUGCGCGUUCCACCGUGGUGUCGAGUCAUUGUGAAACUACUAUUUUCAUCAAACUCUCGUUCUGCUGUGAAGAAACAGUACUACUUUCAUCAAACUCUCAUUCUGCUGUGAAGUGUUCCUGCUUAUACUGUUUCAAUACUGCUACCACGGUGGACAAAUGGAGCCGGAAAGAUGUGUGUUGCUGGAUGCCAAGUGCAUGGUAAAACCUCACUAUUACACUUAAAAAAGAAUAACGGUAACAUUACAAGAAGGCAAGAAACUUGCAAAACAAACCCUAUGAAUAGAAUUUUACGGUUCCUAAUGGACUAUUUCAAGUGUUCUCCAGAGCGAUUAUACAAAGCGAAAAUGUGUCACUGAGGUCCUGCUGUAUUGGGACCACUGGGGCUGUAUUUUCAAGCGAUUGCUUUCGAGGACGUCAUCGUCAUUGUGCAUCAAUUGGCUGAUAGCAUGCGGGAGUGGAUACGAUGAGAGUUUUUCAGACAUGGGCUGAGCAUUAUUUUCACGUUGUGAAAUUCUUGAGUGUAUCACCCCUUGGCGGUGGCACAGUGGCUAUAGCGUUGCACUGCCGAGCACAAGGUUGCGGGCCCAAUACUCGGGUGCACUUAAAAGGAAAAAAAAUGAAAAAACACUGAUGUAUUAUUCUUAAGGUGCAUCUUAAAGGACCCCCGGUGGUCAAAAUUAGUCCGGAGCUCCCUGUGCUAUGAUGUCCUUCGUAACCCACUGGUGCAGUUUUCAGGACAUUAACCUCACAAUUUUUAAUUUCUCAAAUGCAUUGACCCGAUGUUCGUCGCUCGGGUGAGAUGCUGCACUGGGUGUUACCUCAUGCAAAGCCCAAAGUGUCCAUAAAAUUGAUUGAUAAUAUGGCCCCUGCUGAAUGACCCGCAAAGAUAUGUGGCUUUAGGCUUGUUGACGCUCUCAAACAAAAGGCGAUAUGUCCACAUUCAAUGAACACGGAUGAGAGAGGAUACUUUAGCUAAACACCAUUCUCUGUGUUGUCCCGAUUGUCAGUUUUUAUAUUUGUGCCCUGAUGUGCUUGAACUAACCUGAUAACUUUUGCAGUGUCAAUGGGAUGCUUGUUUGUUCGUGGCAUCACUGCUGCUUUAUUGCCCGCAAAUGCUAGCAUGUCAUGCAGCAAAGUUCAAAUCGACCCCAUUGCUGCUUCACUUAAAGCUAACUACAACAAAAUUAUGCUUUUGCUAAAUUGGUUGUAAAUGAGUAAGUACCGUAUACAUAUUUUAAUGAGGCGAUGUUGGCAAAGCUGUGGGCCUGGUAGUUGUCUAAUUUUCUUAACACCCUUUAAAUGGCACAUGAGCUCAUGACACCUGCAUCUGAUGGUUAGUGGAUGUGAUGCAAAUAUCAAUUGAUGGUCUCCGAGAAUUUCAGCAUGCUGCAGGUGGUGCCUUACCUCUGAAGUCAUGCUGAGGACCUGUGGCAUUUCUCAACGUUCUUGGUUCUGCAUCAUUUUGGGCAAGCGGCGGUGGCAGUGUUAUUUUUUCACUUUUGCAGUAAAAGUUGACGUUUUGCAAGUUUUUGGUGACAUAUCCAAUCGCAAACGUAAAAUUUGAACUGAGGCUGUUAGAUAUCUGCAGUACCUGAAACUAGGCAUUUUGCACUGUACAAAAUUUUGUGUCAGUUCACUUUUAAGUGCAUUUGUUUGCAGUGGUACAUAUGUGUUGAGCUAGGCAAGCAUUAGCCAAUGGUCUAGUUGGUUAGACAUAAUAGGGCAGCAGCACAGGAAGGACACAAGAGUGUGGCACAAGUAUUACGUUUUUGUGUCCUUUGUCCUUCCUGCACUGUAGAGCUUGACAAACUUUGUAAGUGCACACUUCAUGGCGGUAACAGAGUUAGAUAAUAAUACGCCUUCCGAAAGCAGUUCAGUGUGCUAUCUCCUUGGACCUUAGCAGACAUCAACGCCCUCUACCACCCUAGCCCUUUUAAUAAAUUGGAGAUUUCGAUGAAGUGGCGAGCUCCAACGCAUUGUGAAGCGAUAACUGGAACUGAAGUGCAAGCAUGGUGUACUGUAAUCUAUGUAUUCUACAGUAAUUUUCGAAGUGCAAAAGCUUUUUUCUGCAGAAUGUUGAGCAACUGCAAUUCCAAGUGGCAUAGCAGAUUCUGAUGACUAAAUGGAAUGAUGAGUCAAGCUGAUUUGCACAGGCUUUAGUACCAAAUUCUUCUGAAAGCACUGUGAUGGUAACACUAGCUUUAAUGCUAUGACACAGCGCCUGCUAAGCGUUGAAAUAGGUGUCUACAUGUGUGUGUCUACGGUAGCCUGCGAGGUGGAGGAAGAUUCAUAAAAGGGGGAGAUUGUGAUUCACCUGACUGCAGCACGAAAUUCUCGGGAAGAAAGCUUCGCAGUUGACAAAAAACUCAUCCAGGCCCAGGUGUUGAACCCGCGACCAACGCCUUUCCAAGGCAGCCACUCUACAAUCUGAGCUAACCAGGAGAAUAGCAGAUCGCAGGACAAUGGCAAAUUAAUUGACAACUCUACCAUGCCACAGUCAGGUAGAUGACAAUUUUCCCUUUCGAAAUAUUACUUGGCAAGGCUGUCGUAAACAUCUGGUGUUAAUCCAACCUUGUUAAAUAUUUCCAGUAACCACUUCUUUGAAGGACUACUACACUUCAGGCUUCAUUGCUGUGCAGAUGUACCAGUUUCUAAGUUAAUGUGUGGAUCAGUAAGUUAACUUGGCACUGUGCCAUACAGUCAUCUAAUCAAGCAUAUUUCCUCAUUAGUCUCCUGGUAAAUUUGUUACCUUAAUUUAUCUAAAACAUAAUUGUUUCCUUGGUGCAUCUCACCAUAUCUGCAUUGCUAAAUAUAUUUCCCUCCAUGUAGAUUUAGGGAAGACAUUCAAUUCCUGAUUGAAUGCUAGCUUUUUCUUUAAUAUUUGUUUUUCACCCUAUUAGUAAGUUAUGUCGUUUGGGAACCCGCAGCUAUUUCCCAACUCCCUUUAAUUCAGCAUGCAUACCUAGUCCAUGCGUACCUAGGCUGCUGAAGCAUCUUCAUAAUGCACCUGUGCACUCAAGUUCUUGUGCCGGCAAUUUCAAACGUAUUUUUGAAAUGUUAUACUACAUUGUUACAUGUAUUAUGUGACCAUCAGCCAUGGUAUUUUCCACUGCAACCCAAGAACUGCCACCUUUUGAAAUGAAUGUGCCAAAUAAAAAAAAAAGCUCAAUUGCCUUGCAAAAUACUGGCAAGCUGUGUAAACAAUCCUGCAAAGGGGAGCUGGAGAGGUCUUAAAAGUUGAAAAAUAACUAUGCUCUUGACUUGAUUUGAAUGUAGUAAUACGAAAUGGGCUCUAGUUAUUUCACCAUCAACUGUGUGCUGGUGAUAGGACGAGCAUUUAAUAAACAUUGUCCUCUUUAAGUAGGCAGUUUGUGCUUGAUGAUGUUGGCCAUGCUAAUGUUCACACUCCAUUUGUUGCUACAAAGGCAAGCUCUCCUCCCUGAUAGGUCUCUAAAUCCGGUGAUGUCAUGUGUUAAGUGGACAAAAAAGUCCUAAUUUGAAUUUCAUAUCUGUUUCAGCUUUUUAACAUGUUUUUAUUUUCUUGCAACACAUUGUUCAGUUUGUUAGAGCAAAAGAUGUAGGUUACCAAUAGAGUAAAAGUUCUUGUCAACAGUGGUCAGCUAAAUUCUACUGCAGCAGACGUUAUGUAAGAAGAGACAAAAGCAAGUAGCUGUAAAAUGAAAUGUAUUUCCUGUCAGAGUAAUGCAUGUGAUAGUGCCACAUGGGCACGUCUCCUUUCACUGAAAUGGCGACUUUCCCUAUGAACUAUGCAUGAAAGUGCAAAUGACUGUGUGCCAAUGAGACCUGUCUGUGUGUGUUAUGCAGUAAAGGGGACAUAUGCCACAACUACUGCGAAUAAAUACAGCCGUGUUAAAAACACGGUGUGCAUCUUGA